AUGUACAAGAAUGUGAAGAAAAAGAUUGAAAGGGGUGUGGCAUUCCCUAUUUGCAUUUCGGUUAAUAACACAGUCUGCCAUUUUUCUCCGCUGGCCAAUGAUGAGACUGUGUUGGAAGAAGGUGACGUGUUGAAAAUUGAUAUGGGGUGUCAAAUAGAUGGUUUUAUUGCGGUUGUUGCGCACACCCAUGUUCUUCAACAAGGACCAGUUACCGGAAGAGCAGCUGAUAGUUUGACAAGAUCAGUAGAACUCCAGAAGACGCCACGCCAGUCACAGUCGCAGACCCAGACUACCACUGGUCCACUACGAGCAGGAAGAGUCAACCGUCGACGACUAACGGCCUUGAAGAGAGAAUCACGGUCGCGGGCAGCGGCGGACAGAACUUGA